AUGAACACAUCUACGAACCAAGUCGAAUCCGAUGUCGUAGAUAAAUGCAUCAAUUCUGAAAACGACGUGGUCAUCGAUAUUGAAUUAUGUCACCUUACAACAUUAGACAGUGGUACACGAAAUGAAGUACCAAUCAUGGCAUCCACCAAUGAUAAUAUAUGCUCUCAAGACACAAUAACAUUAAGACAUGGUGAAAUAGAAGAUUCAAAACACGCUAAUACGACAGAACAACGAAUGGUUGAAUCCAGUGCUGCUGCUCAUGAUUUAAAUACUCUCACAAAACUUGACAUUCCACAACAUGCCGAAUCAGUCCGUAUUGCACAACAGCAGAAUCCAACUGAUAUUCAACUACCAUCGUUUUGGUCGCUAAAAGGUCUCCGCACUCGAUGGACUGAUCCUUUGUUCCGAAAAAUGUUAUGGAAUGUAUUCCUAUUGGCAUGUUCAUGGAGUCUUGGUCAAGCGGUAAAUUAUAUUCAAAUAAGUACGACUACGAUAGCGGCCACAAGUUUUACCAAUUCGCAUUUGGCUACAAUACCUAUCGGCUUAAUGCUUUUAAUUGGUACCGUUUUGUCUAUAUUUUUGCCCCGUGCUAUAGCUCGUUUUGGAUACCGACGAUCAUUCUUUUUUGGUGCUCUAAUGGGUGUCAUCGGAGCUGGACUUAGCAUUGUGGCAGCAUGGCAUAAGCUCUAUUGGUUGUUGAUUGUGAGUGCUGGAUUUGUAGGUGGACAAUUGCCGUGCACAUUGUACUAUCGUCUAGUGGCAUUGCAGUUUUCGACGCAAGAAUUUGCUCCAAAAGCCAUUGCAAUGGUCAUAGCCGGUGGUUGUUUCUCUGCGGUACUCGGGCCAGAAAUUGCUACACAUACAGUAAACAUACUGCCGAAGCCGUACAGUGGAGCUUAUGUAGUAACAUUAGGCGAAUGCUUGCUACUUCUGCUCCUUAUGACAAUUAUCCAGUUCCCCCAAGUGAAGAAGGAAUGUGCCGCACAUAUAUCAAGUUCAUCAUCAACGACAAUGAACAGUAAUUCUAGUCUAGGUGGUCGUUCAAUAUUUGUAAUAGCUGGCCAACGAACAUUUCUGGUUGCCACUUUUGUUGGCUUCGUAUCAUGGUCAUCAAUGUCCAUUCAAAUGUCGGCUACACCUCUAGCAAUGAAUGGCGUUGGUUACAGUUUUCGUCAAAUAAUAACUGCUAUCGAAUGCCAUCUUUUAGGCAUUUGGUUUCGUUGGAAAAGUAUUGUUGAUGAAGAUGUAAAUAUUGAAUCAUACGAAUUAUCAGAUAUAAUUGAUGUUGCAAAAUAUGAUUAUAAGAUUUAUCCAACAUAUCGUAUAGAAUAUGUUGAGGAAUUACGUUAA